AGAGGUGUCCUUGCUCUAAACAGAGUCCCGGGCUUGAAGUUAGCUUCUGCUGCAGGUUCCACACACUGGAGCAACAGUGACUGUUGGGGUGUUGAAGGAUGAGGAACAUCUUCAUAUUUGUCUCCCUGUGGCCAGCAAUAGGCCUAUGGGUCAGUGGGCUGGAAUUGAACCUCACACUGGUAAACAUGAUCAAAUACAGUGAAUGGAAGACCUGGGAAAAAGCCCAGUCUUUCUGCAGAGAGAAACACAUGGACCUGGUCACCGUCAGGGAUGAAAAAGACAAUCAAGCCAUCGUCAAGCAUUCAGGGUGGAUCGGCUUGUACCGAGAUGAGCAGACAAGUUUGUGGAAAUGGUCGAGAGGAGAUGAACCUGCAGAGUACACCAACUGGCGCACAGCUCCCUAUCAAAACGAACACUGUGGGUGGAAGUACGACAACACAGACGAGUGGAGGAGUGACGAAUGUGAUGAAAAACACACAUUCCUGUGCUCCGACGACAAACUGGUGCUGGUGAAGGAGAACAAGACGUGGGAGGAGGCCUUGGAGCACUGCAGGUCUCUGGUCUCUGGGGAGCCCUUCUACGACCUGGCCACCCUGACCACUGCUGAUGACCACCACUACGCGCAAGGAAGGGCGCAGCAGGCCGCCACUGAGGAGGUGUGGACGGGCCUGCGCUUCCUGGGCGACGCCUGGUUCUGGGUGGGUGGAGAACAGGUGCAGUACUCGGAGCUUCCAAGCUGCCCGGCUUUGAGGUGCGGCGUCCUGGAGAAGAACAGCCAGACGUCCUUUGGGCUCAGAGACUGCACAGCAGCGAGGACAGCAGCAGCGUGCCCCCCCCCGGCCGACGGCGUCCCCGGCUCGGAGGAGGCCUCGGACCCCCCCGCGGGACAGGAGGGGGGCUCCAGCUCCUCGGCCAGCUCUGGGCCUCCCGCUGCCCCCGCCGGGGCGGAAGAACAGGCCCCGCCCCCCAGCCAGAGCAGCCAGUCAUACGACAUGUGA